ACAGAGAAGGCGCACGCACUCUACGGCUCCCGAGUCCCAGUCCCUCUGCGUUGACGCUGGGAUUUCUGACGGCGGAUGUGAUGUCAUGACGCAGUGCAGGGACGUCCCUGGGCUGGUCCGUUGUGGGUCUCGCGCGCACGUGGGGGCGCGUCAGUUUCUCUUGCCGGCGAGAUGGAGGCGCUGGACCGGGUGGUAAAGCCUAAAACAAAGAGGGCCAAAAGGUUUCUUGAGAAGAGAGAACCCAAGCUCACUGAAAAUACAAAAAAUGCUAUCCUCAUAAAAGGUGGAAAUGCAAACUUAACAGUAACUGAAACACUUAAAGAUAUUUAUGCUCUGAAAAAGCCCUUUGCUGUACUGUACAAAAAAAAAAAUAUUACCAGACCUUUUGAGGAUCAAACAUCACUGGAGUUUUUUUCCAAGAAGUCGGAUUGUUCUUUGUUUCUGUUUGGCUCACAUAAUAAGAAGCGGCCUAACAAUCUAAUAAUAGGUCGUAUGUUUGAUUAUCAUGUCCUGGAUAUGAUUGAGCUAGGCAUUGAGAAAUUUGUGUCACUAAAAGAUAUUAAGAACAGCAAGUGUCCAGAAGGAACAAAGCCCAUGUUGAUAUUUGCUGGUGACACAUUUGAUUUAAAUGAAGAAUACAGAAGAUUGAAAAGUCUUCUAAUUGAUUUCUUUCGAGGUCCUACUGUGCCCACUAUUCGCCUGGCAGGGUUAGAGUAUGUUCUGCAUUUCACAGCUAUGGAUGGCAAAAUUUAUAUGCGAAGCUACAAAGUGUUGUUGAAGAAGUCGGGAUGUAAAAUACCGAGGAUUGAACUGGAAGAGAUGGGACCUUCAUUAGAUCUGGUGAUGAGGAGAACACAUUUGGCUUCAGAAGACCUCUAUAAAUUAUCUCUUAAACAACCUAAAGCCCUCAAGCCGAAGAAGAAGAAGAAUAUCUCUCACGAUGUCUUUGGUACGUCAUAUGGUCGGAUCCACAUGCAGAAACAGGAUCUCAGUAAAUUACAGACAAGGAAGAUGAAAGGGUUAAAGAAGAGACCUUCAGCAAAGAUGACUGAAGAAGAUGAAGGGAUUAGUCCAAAGAAAUUAAAAUCAGUCUGAUAGGAUAAAAGUUUUGGACUCUUGAUAACUUCAGCUUUUGUUGUAUUUGUCACAAAAUAAAUGUGGCAGAUGUGGACCAGUCAGCUGCCAUUUUUUU